CAACGGAAACAUUUGUGGAAAGUUAGCUCGACAGUUUGUCCGUUGUUGUUAACGUUGUUGUUAUUUUUAUAGUGUCUCGUUAGCCGGGAUUUACUGGUUCAACUAAUGAAAGCGUAACCACUUUGACACGUUUUUUCUUACUUUAGACUAUUAGCAAGGCUAUGGAGUGCGUUUAUAGUUGAAAAGUCUCGAAAAAGCACCUCUUCAGUGGUGCCGUGUUCACUUUUCACCGUUUCAGUAAAUUCGUUAGUCUGACUAAAGUUAAUUGAAAGGGAGAGGAUAAAAUAAGGAGUUUCACCAGUGUCAAAUAAAGAGAGAUUAAUUUUGAAUUCAAAUGGAAAGCUACCCUAUUAGUCCAAGCGUCAUGGAUUCCUAUCACUUCACUCUGCAAAGCUGGAUUAACCUAAACUGGAACAAGCACCCAUGACGAGAGAGUUAAGAGAAGAUGGAGAAGAUGAGUGAUGAUAACACCGAGGAGGUGAUGGUGCUUGAGUCUGAGAUCGAGCGUCUUCAAGCUGAAGUUGAAUCGCUGCAGCACCAAAAACAGGAAAUCAAUAAAGACAUAACGUUCCACUACAGCCAACAAAUGGAAAAUGCUCUAGUGUUCAUGUGCGGGCAGAGACAAGAAGCAGGGAAGGAGAUGGUGAUGUCCAGACUCAAAGAGGAGCUGGAGGAGCUGGAGGAGGAUGUGAAACUGCAGACAGAAAUUAAUGGCAUCACUUUGAACAGCUGCACCACAAAGACUCUACAAAACAGUGGCAGAAAGCUGGUUCAGCAGCUCUCUUUGUCGGGUAACUGCUCUGAACUGGUCUUCCAGGUCGAGUUUCAGCUUUCCGAGAUCAAGCAGGACAGUGAGAGAUCAAAGAGGACCAUUGGCGAUCUGAAUGUGGUGCUCGAUUCAAGUGACCUGCAAAACUUCAGCAGCUUCUUGUCAAGGGUAGAGGAGAGCAGGGAUCUUCUGCUAUUCUUCAGGACCUUAAGAACUUUUUCAGACAGAUGUGAUGACCGAAGCAGAACUUUCCAACAAUUCCAAGAUAAAUAUCCAUCUGUCGUCACUCUCCCUGGAGGCCCCAGGUCAGAAGUCAUGACCGUGAACCACCCCAAGCUUCCUGGCUGUAUGUUAUUCAUUCAUUGGUCAGUUGACGUUUCCAGAGAGGGCAUUGUGAUGCCGAAGAUCAACCUGCUCACAAAGAUCCCAGAGAGAGCUCUCCAGCUGUUCCCUUCUCAGGCUGUAGGCGGUGCUGCUGAGGCCUUUGAGAGCCUGCUGAGGAUUCUGGGACCUGAAGCUGCCCUGGAGUCCAUCAUCCAAGCAGUCAGCCUUUCACAGGAAACUUAAAACAGAAACACCUCCAAUAUAAUGUGGGGUUUUUUUCUAUUUAGAUUAAUGUCACAGAAAUGAAGGACAGCAAGAGUUUAGUCUCUUAGAAAUCUUUAUUUCAAUAGAAAGAGCACGACUGUAACAGCAGAGCUCACGGGUCAAAAUCUACAAAAAUAAAUAAUUUAAAUACAAAAUGCCGGA